UUGUCUAGUUAACAUUUGUGCUAGUUGGCUUGUCAGUGUGUUUGUAAACUUUAUCAGAGUUAGGAUCUAUUGAAUCUGUGUUACAGAUUUGUGCAAUGGCUGAUGUAAAAUUGUGAUGAUUUAAAUAAUAUAAGAUGUAGAAGAUGUCAUACCAUCAUGAGAUUUACGCAAUGGCUGAUGUGAGAAUUACGAUGAUUCGUGUUUAAAUCAUCUAGGACGUAGGAAAUGUUUCACACUAUAUAGCGAGGUAGAUAAGCCAUCGUUUCUUCGUUAUCUGCUUAUCAUGUAGGUGUGAUUCAGUGCGAGUUUCAUAGACGCCAUUUAGUUAAGUACAGAGCAGCCUGUUUCAUCUUCCACGGUGUAUCGUGAGAAUUUUUAAAAAUGUGCUCAAGAAGAUUUAUGUGUUAUUUGGCUAUCGGUUUACUUAUGAUGGGAAUAUUCCUGGAAGAAGUCGAAGCGAGACGCAAAAUUCUUAGAGGUCGAAAAACAAUAACGAGAUAUUAUUACAGAGGCACAGCCAUACCGGCCUGGGCAAUAGUGCUUUUGUCGGGCAUCGCUAUGCUGUUGCUGGGCGGUGGACUUUUUGUGCUGUUACAGAAAUUCGUGAUCGAUGCCGCGGACACCGGCGAGAGUCACUCCUAUCAGCCUACGUUGCAGAUCGAACAUUGAAUCUACUAUUAUUAUCAUAUGCCAUUUAAGACGAACGUAUCUAAUAUAUGAUACUAAAUAAUCAAAUUAAUAAUAUAUAAUAUAGAAUUAUAAAGUAGAGAAAAAACAUGCUUUUCUAGAAACACAAUGGAGUGUUCUCACUUUAUUUCAGCAUAAAUCAUCCUGAAUGUUCACAUAACUGCAUUUGUCUAAUUAAUCUUUUCAAUUUUACAAUAGAUAAAUAUCAAAUUGUACGAUAUACUGCGUUGUCCACAGUAUAUUAACAUUCAAGUGUGUCUAUUUUCAAAUUAUUUGUGAUCUUCAAAGCGGGAGAAGAGGAACGCGCUUUGUUCGCAAAUUUUAUGCAUCGUUUGGUAUUUUAUUAAAAUUUGUUGCAAUGGACAACAUACAGACAGACAGACAGACAGACACACACACACACAAAGCGUUUCUAGCUUGUGAAAUACAUAUAGAUACUAGCAAUUUCCCGCUUCGAAGCACGAUAUAUGUAACAGUAAAUAUGCACUAUACCGAAAAAAAACUUACCGAAACUUGCAAAGUGAAACUUUCAAAGUCAUAAUUCCGAAAUCUAUGGAAAUACCAUAAAAUAUAUAAAUAUAAUUGUAGCGUAUAUAUAAUAUAAAUGUAAUUGUAGUGAAAAGCUACAAUACCUUAAUCAAUACAUUUUCCCAAAUAUAUUCUAAAAGUACAUAAUA